AUGAAAGCUCAUGAUCAAGUUAGAGAGGUGUUGAUAGAGCAAGAAGAGACAAUGAACAAAAUGAAGGAUGAAGCUCAUGAUAAUUCUAAGUUGUUUGAAUUAUUGACAUUAGAGAUCUCCUCAUUGAAUGUCAAGAUAAAGAGCUUGGAAGGUGUGAAUCAAACACUCAAUCAGCUUCUCAGUGAAAUGAGUGAAGCUUCGUCAAAUGAAAUGAAGGCAAUGAAGCUAGAGAUGGAAGCCAUGAAGGCAGACAAGGUGGUGAAAGAUGAACAACUUCAUAUGCUAUACUCUGUCAUGGAAAGUCAUUUGAAGAUGGAUGUUCAUGCUGCAUUUAAUGAGAUAGAAGUGAAACGAGCUGAAGACAGAAGGUUAGAACGUGAAAGACGUUUAGCCGAAGAAGCCACUCAAAAGAACAAAGGUGUGAUUGAUGAUACUCAAGAAGCUGGUGGAUCAUCAACUCAACCUGAUAUUGGUGGUUCAUCAUCACAACAAGAUAUUGAAAUGGUCGAAGUUGCAGAAGUUCAUGAACAAGAAAUAGUUGAAGAUGAACAAGAAAUGGUUGAAGAUGAAAAAGUUCAGGAACCAGACUUCAUAAUUGUUGGUGAGUCUUCUGAGCCUGUUGAUAUUGAUAAUAUUCUUAGAAGGGUUGAUGUUAUUCAAAGAAAGAGAAAGGCAAGAGAAGUGUUACUACUAGAAUGGAAGACACGACAAUUUGUACUUGUUGGUAAUGCUUACCCAGUGCCAUACAAUGCGAAAGAAGUGGCUCGGCUUCUAAAGUUUUAUGAUUUGAAAAGAAAGGGGAAGAAAGCUCGUGGAGAGAUAGUUGAUGAAGAUUCUGAUGUAGAGAUGUUUGGAGAUGAAGAAGAGGAAGAUGAAGAUAAUGUUGAUGAUAAAAUGGAUGAUAAUCCUGAUGAUGGAAAUGAUAAAGAUGAUAAAGGUGAUGAUGACAAUGAUCAAGGUGCUUCCGGAUUGCUUAUCAAAGAUCCAACUAUUCAAGAAAGAUUGAUGAAUUAA